AUGCAAUCCUUGUUAGACUUCUCAGCCAAUAAGAGCUGUCCAGAACUGUCACCUGACUGCAGUCUGCUCUCCGAUUUGCUGAACGAGAAUGAGCUGUGUUACAGUCUCCAAAGAUCGCUAUCAUACCCUUUGCUGAGCGAGUUUGAGUUCGAGUCCAGCAGCUAUGACGUCAAUGAGGUUACUAUGACGACAAUACAAAAUGACGCCAUCGAAAUUCUGUCUUGCCACGUGGAGCCGGACCAUGAACACAUUCCAAAACGUGACGAGCUGGCGCCAUUAAAAUUGGCGAACGGACACACGCUGCUGCUUGACCCAGCCACCAUACAUCGGAAGCGAGUGGUCCGGGCCGUUGGAGUGGUCACGUUUUUGUUGGUGCUAUUCAGUAUUAUUCUCAUCGGGAUUUCCCUCAAUAUGAGCAAGGACAUUGAUGAGAUGG